UUUGUUUCCUCAUAGGAAUCAUUCAUUGGUCAUACUAUACGAUGGUCAUAUGUUUAUUUACCAAAGUCAGGUUGUGAUUUUUGAAAAGUCAAACAACAAAUUGCACGUAUUACGUACAUCCGAGUUCGAAUUAUUAAUUAAUUAUUAUUGUUUUUAUACGCUAUCCGCUGGUCCGUCAAUUAUAAACAGUGCCGUCUUUAUCUUACUCACAUUGACAGAAACAUGUAUCUAACGUUGUAGCUAGUAGUUGUUCGAACUGAUAGGAGCAUGUCGCGGUGAAAAUAAAAAGACUCAAUUUCAUGGUCUCAAUCGAACUUGACGCGCGAGAAUAUGUUGAAAAGGCCAGCAAACCAGUCGCCGAAAGUGGUAACGAAGAUGAGUCCGCCGAAAAAGCACUAAAUAAAAAAUGUUGAUCCCAAAAAUUAACAAGUCGAGAUAUAUCCAAUAUUUUUCUGUUACUGCUGCUAUGCUAACGUUGGGAUCCGGUGCAACGCAUUUUGCAUGGACCUCACCAACAUUACCAGAUUUAAUGUCUGAUAAAUCCCCAAUAGGUGUAAGAAUUACAAAAGAAGAGAGCUCUUGGAUAGUGUCAAUCCUGCACCUUGGUUCGGUUGUCGGAUGCUUAUUUUCGGCAUGGUCGAUCGAACACCUUGGAAGGAAGCCGUCGUUUGUGAUAGCUUGUGUUCCAUUGUUUAUUUCAUGGAUUGUGAUAAUAUUUGCGAAGUCAGCAACUGUAUUAUACGUAGCACGGUUUAUAGCCGGUUUAGGAAUAGGCAUAUGCACCACAUGUGGCCCAGUAUAUAAUGGAGAAAUAGCAGAAAAAGAUAUUCGUGGACGGAUAUCGUCCUUUUUGGUAGUCCUGGCACUUUUUGGAAGCCUCUACGUAUACACGGCAGGUCCUUUUCUGCCUUACACCUACUUAGCCAUUACGUCUGCCAUUUUGCCGUUAGUGGCCCUUUUCUUAUGUCUAGUUAUCCCAGAAUCUCCUUAUUAUCUCGUUAAGAAAAACGAUAUCGAAGGUGCCAGGCGAUCGUUAGAAAUCCUGUCGGCAAAUACUGCCAGUCCAGAAUUUAUCGAUUGUCGAUUAAAGGAAAUCCAACUGACUACAGAAGAAGAUAUGCAAGGAAAUUCGUCGUUAUGGGAAUUUUUUUCCAAAAAACAAUAUAGGAAACCCAUUUUGAUAAUAGCAGCUUUAGUUUCCGGUCACAUGAUCGAUAGAAUGGGAAGAAAGCCUCUUCUUCUGGUUUCGUCGUUUAGCUGUGCAGUAGCCCUUUUCGCAGAAGGGACAUACUUUUACCUAAAGGAAGCAAAGCACGCGAAUGUUGAAUACCUUUUCUGGCUACCAACAACCUCGCUUGUGAUCUACAAGAUGAUGGUGACGUUGGGCAUCACAACUUUGCCCUACAUCAUCAUGGGCGAGCUGUUUACCAUGAAUAUUAAGGAGAUUGCCGCUUCUUCCAGUUCAGUGUACGGUUUCGUGUUGGGUUUCCUGAUGAACUACUUGCACCAGCCGGUAAGCGACCACUGGGGCAGUUACACGAUCUUUUGGACGUAUGCAACGUCGUGUCUUGUGGGCGGAAUCUUUAUUUUUAUUUUACUACCCGAAACCAAAGGAAAAACUUUCGCGGAAAUACAGACUAUACUUAAAAGUAAUAAUAAUAAUAAUAAUAGUGAUAAGAAAGUUCAGUUCACAUGAUUUAUUGUAUAUAUUUAUUUUUAUCUUUGCCUAUUUAUACGAAUACUUUAUCUAUUUCUGUUACCGUU